AUGGGUGAUAACUUGUUGAGCUCGGCGGCGGCGUUCGACGACCACGUCUUCGUCGGAUGCGAGGUGCACCGACCGGGCGUCGCGCAGGCGCUGAUGGGAAUCGAAGCGCGCGGCCUUGGCGACCGCGUCAAGGUGUCGAGAGCGGACGGAUUGUGGGUGCUGGACGCGUACGCCACGGCGCGCUCGCUGGACGAAGUCGCGUGCCACUUUCCGGACCCGUGGCGCGGCGAAUCCAAAGCGCACAGGCGCUUGGUGAAUCCUCUGCUGUUCGUCCUGCUCGAAAGGGCGCUGCGACCGGGAGGCAGGCUGAGCGUGGCGACGGACGACGCCGAGUACGCCGAGCACGUGCGCCGCGUGUUUCGCGACUUUGCGCAACCGCGCGGUUGGGCGCGGUGCGACGCUUUCGCUCGAUUCGACAGCAAGUAUUCGCUCAAGGCUUCGGAGGAAGGUCGCGAGUGCGUCGAUUUUAGGUUUCGUUUCCCGGGAUCGAUCGACGUCGCGUGA